CCGCAAAUGGCAAAUUUAAUGAAGUUUCCAUACGGGAACAAAAGAUGCGCGCGUUAUGCGCGAGAGCUGCUCAAAAUAUUGAAUAGUAAUGCCACAUAAGAGAUUACGCAGCGUGAUUGCAUAACGAACAACUUCAACGCGAUGCGGAAGUCUUACUAAUAGUGUGUCAGGUGUUCAAGUGAAAUCUAAAGAGUGAAUUAAAAACAUCCAGCGUCCGACAUAGUAAAAAUUAGUACGACAUUCGAGUGUAUCGUAGGCAACCAGGCAUACAAGGGCAAAGCGACGCGAUGUUUUGACAUUUCAACAGACUCCAAAUCAGUUCAACUCGGUAGCUCCUUACCGAUUUUUGUUCCAAAUUAAAUUGCGAAGUGCAUGCGAGGCAAUCAAAAUGAAAUUGUUCGUGAAAGUUAUUCGUGGUAACGGCUGUCUCGUGGAGGUCACAGAACAGACAACGAUUCUUGAAAUCAAACAAAAAAUUGAAGUGGAGCUGAAGGUGCCAGUGGCACAGCAGACACUCGUUUAUCUUGGAAAAACCCUUCUCGACGAUAACGUGGUCUCCUUCUACAACAAAAUUCAAGAUGGAGCUAAAAUACAUCUGGUGAUCAAGAAGCCUGAGUCGCUCAACGUUGUGCUGGAACGUUUCCUGCGGAAAUUCUACAAUGAUGAGCAAUCCAGGCAAAUACUGGAUGAAUUCAUGACAGACUUUUAUCAAAAAGUGAAGAGUCUUAGCUUGGAUGAUCUGGAGCACAUUGCCACCAACUACCUCAAUGAAGAUCCUCCAAAAUAGACAGACUAAAUUCUAGCUUCAAUUAAUGUUGAUAUAUUAAUAGUGCUUUUACAUAUUAAUUUGUAUAUGAUAAAUCCUAAGUAAUUUGUA